CCGCGGCGGCGCCCGGCGGAGCGCGGCGCGGCGGCCCCGGCCCUAUGGGCGGGUGGGCCAGCAGCGGCGUAGAGAGGCUGCCCCCGCUGGUGCCCGCCCUCCCGGCAGCAGAGAAGGGCCCGGCACCGGCGCCUCCGCGGCCGGCGAUGCGGUCGCCCAGCUGAAGGCACGGCCGGGGUCCGCUGCUUCCCCGCGGGGGGCCGCCGCGCCGCCGGGCCAUGGCCGUCCGCGGCGGCAACGCCCUGACGCCUUUCUCCAUCCAGGCGAUCCUCAACAAGAAGGAGGAGCGCGCCCGCCACGCGGCGGGACGGCCGCCGCCCCCGGGGGCGGCCGGCGGAUGGCGGCUAUGCGGCGCUGCCGAAGGGCCGCCACUUCCCUCGCCCGCUGCCGCCGCUGCCCGCGCUCCGCGAACGGCGGUGAGUUGGGACUCGGACUCGGCGCUCAGCGAAGACCUCGAGGGCGAACGGCGCUCUGAGGAAGAGGGCGCAGUUGGCAGCGCCCGCCCCGCCGAAGCCGUGGACGGGGGGCGACCGACGGCGGAAGAAGCGCAACCUCCGGAGGCAGCGGAACGGGACUGCGCCGGGCUCAGUGACAGCGAGAUGUCGGCUGCCGUCUCAGAUCGCAGCCCGCCAGAGGAAGAGGACGGAGCGGGCAAGUGCAGCAAUCUGCUGCCAGGGGAGGAGGAGACCGCAGCGCCGAAGCCGCGGAAGAAGCGCUCCCGCGCAGCCUUUUCCCACGCGCAGGUCUUCGAGCUAGAGCGGCGCUUUAACCACCAGCGGUACUUGUCGGGGCCCGAGCGGGCCGACUUGGCCGCUUCUCUGAAGCUCACCGAGACGCAGGUGAAGAUCUGGUUCCAGAACCGACGCUACAAGACCAAGCGGCGGCAAAUGGCUGCUGACCUCCUGGCCGCUGCCCCUGCCGCCAAGAAGGUGGCCGUCAAGGUGCUGGUGCGUGAUGACCAGAGACAGUACCACCCCGGCGAGGUGCUGAGGCCACCCUCGCUGCUCUCCCUCCAGCCCUCCUACUACUACCCCUACUACUGCCUGCCCGGGUGGGCUCUGUCCACCUGCGCUGCAGCCGCUGGCACCCAGUGAGCGGCACACGUACAUACCCCCACAACUGCACCCACACCCACACUGGCAGGCAGGAAACCCAUCUGCCCUCUGCCACCACCACCAUCCAUCCAUCUAUCUACCCAUCCAUCGUCUCAAAUCCAGAGCCCCAGCUGCAGCUCUCAGUGCCUUGGACAGUAUUUAUUAUUAUUUUAUUAUUAAUAUUAUUUGGAUGGUUCCUCACCCUCUCCUCUUCCAACAUAGGAUUUCUCAUUCACCCCCACCCUGACCCCUCACCCUUUCCCUACCCUGCCAGCUGAGGACUCUCUCAAUUCGGCAUGACUAGUUCAUGGUAUCCAUGUUGUCAGUGUAUUUGGUGUAGACUUCUUGUUUGUUUGUUUUAUUUUGCUUCGGAUUGGUAGAAACUCAAUCUUGUGUGGGAGAGAGAAAGAAAAAAAAAACCAAAACCAACCUGCAAAACCAAAUGCAGCUCAAAAGAGGAGAUCAAGGACUCCCUCGGUGGAUUGUAAGGAAGAUUAUUUUUGACGUCUGAGUCCUUGGUCUUCCAGCUCUUUGCAAACUGACUGUGCCUUGUAUGGUGCUGAAUGUAAGGAAGCCUCUUUCAUAUCCCCCCUGCUCUUGUCGCCCGUGUUAUUCCCGUACUCCAUGAUCCCUGGCAAAGGAGAAAUGUGUCACAAAAGGGUGAGACUUCUAUUGAAACUUCAGACUUUUUAUUUUCCUUUUUUCCUGAGAUCUUUCCGUGUUCGAGGAGGGAGGAGUUACGGAUUUUUCGCACUUUCCAGUUGUAUUAAAGUUGUUGUUAUUUUUAUAUUCAAUGUGAAUAUUUCUAGUCGGGCUUUUUAAGAAAUUGAUGGAAUAGGAAAUUUUAAUACCGUCGGUGCCUUUUACACUUCUUCUGCAGACCUCUCCUCCAGGGGCAGGGAUUUCUGAUCUGCUCAGCAACGUAAUUCUUUCUUUCAAGGUAACUCUUUGCGUUUUUUUCCCUACUUCCUCCUCUUCCCUUUCUCUUUUAAUGGCACUGUGCACUCAACUAGAUUAUUUACUUCAAAUGAAUUGUGAAUGUUUGUAAGCUAUCCGCUGUACUUUUUGUUGUUGUUUUGUUUUAAUUUAUAAACUUCAGUUUAACACUUA